AUACUCAACGUAAAGUUUGCGUUGGGAUGGAUUGACACUACAGUAAAAGUUGACAUGGUGGGUAUAAGAUGCCCGGAGGGCCGUGGCCUUUUUUUACUCAACUCACAGUGGGAAUGGAAGAGCACAGAGAAACUUUGUUGCUAAAGAACAGGAGGCAAGUUUCUAACCAGGAGGAAUGCCCAGGUUGUAAGAUUGAUCAGCUCAAGGACUCCAGCCCAUAUCCGCCAUUCAAGCAUUUCUUCUUCCUAUGGAUUGUUACCCUUUGUGCAGCUUUGCCAAUAUCAUCCCUUUUCCCUUUCUUAUAUUUCAUGAUAAGGGACUUGCAUAUUGCAAAAAGGGAGGAAGAUAUUGGUUACUAUGCUGGUUACGUUGGAUCAUCAUUUAUGUUUGGAAGAGCUUUAACUUCUGUUCUAUGGGGAAUGGUGGCUGAUCGAUGUGGUCGAAAGCCUGUCAUAAUGUUCGGCAUUAUUGUAGUGGUUAUAUUCAAUACUCUCUUUGGCCUUAGUACAAACUUUUGGAUGGCAAUUUCUACAAGGUUUCUUCUUGGAAGUUUAUGUGGAAUACUUGGACCUAUGAAGGCAUAUGCUUCAGAAGUUUGUCGCAAGGAAUACCAAGCUUUGGGAAUGUCAAUUGUAAGCACAUCAUGGGGCAUGGGGUUGGUAAUUGGUCCAGCUCUUGGAGGUUUUCUUGCACAGCCUGCAGAAAAAUAUCCCAAUCUAUUCUCAAAGGAGUCUAUUUUUGGAAGGUUUCCAUACCUGUUACCCUGCCUCUCAAUUUCUCUCUUUGCAUUGGUUGUAUCCAUCAUCUGUUGUUGGCUUCCGGAAACACUACAUAACCAUAAUGGCAAGGGUGAUUCAUGCAAUGCAUUAGAAGCCGCCACAACAGAUGAGUCCAAUGCUCUGGAAGGCAUGAAAAUUUCUGGAGGAAAUAUUUCAACUUCAUUUAAAAGCCUUCUUAAAAAUUGGCCCUUGAUGUCAUCUAUCAUUGUAUACUGUGUUUUCCAGCUUCAUGAUAUGGCCUACACAGAGAUAUUCUCAUUGUGGGCCGUCAGUCCAAGGAAGCAUGGGGGAUUGAACUAUACAACUGCAGAUGUUGGUGAAGUCCUUGCCAUCUCAGGUUUUGCUCUCUUAUUCUUCCAGCUACUUUUGUAUCCCUUGGUGGAGAGAAAUUUUGGGCCAAUAAUGGUGUCCCGUAUUGGAGCAGUUUCAACCAUACCAUUGCUGUCCAGUUACUCAUGGAUAGCUAUGUUAUCUGGACCCUGCCUCUUCUUGGUAGUUAGUUGUGCAUCUGUAUUAAAGAAUGUAUUGUCGGUAUCUAUUACGACGGGAUUGUUUCUUCUACAAAAUAGGGCUGUGUCACAAGAACAAAGAGGAGCUGCAAAUGGCAUUGCUAUGUCUGCUAUGUCUCUGUUUAAAGCAGUUGGUCCAGCCGCAGGAGGUGCACUGUUUUCUUGGGCACAAAAGCGCCAGGAUGCUUACUUUUUCCCAGGAUACCAGAUGGUUUUCUUCCUCUUAAACUUGGUCGAGGUGCUCGGCCUGCUGCUCACCUUCAGACCCUUUUUAGUUGAACCCGAUCUCUCCUGCACCUAGCUAGCUAGCUCCCCCUCGACUGACUCAUCCAAGUACCUUUGCAGACUUCACUGGAAUAUAAGAAACACGGCGAAAGGCUUUGGGUGCCGUGCCCAGCCAGCCUCUUGAAUUAUGUAUGAUGCUCUUAAUAACAUACACCCUUCCCAUGCAUCAAUUCUACUUUCUAGAAUUGAAGUUUGUACUUAGUGGGAAUGCAUCUAAACAAAGAGGAUCCCCAACACCUAACAAAAGCUAACUUAGUCAUGGAAUUGCUUUAUUUCAACAC